UCAUCCUGCCGACACAGCGACGGUAGCGCCGAAGAGGCGCCCUCCGGUGUGCCGUUCGUGUGUUCGUGUUUACCUUGUUGCCUUCGCGUAUGUCAGUUACAUCACGCUCUCGCCCGCCGCUUCAUUCACUAAUACACCCACCACCUUUACGCGGUAAUCGGCGUCCAAUUAGCGAAAACUCAUCGCGCAUCUCGCAGUUCCAUCUUGUCAUCAAUGCGUGCAUCAUCUACGCGUACUCUCACCCACAAAAAGUGUUUAAAAACAAAACUAAACCAACAUUCAAACAAAAUAAACCAAAAGUAAAUUGUGUUGGAUUAAAUUUAACGUGUUUAAAAUGUUACACCACUACAAUUAUUCCACAUCAUUGUCACACUUCUUAAGUUAUCAUCAGUUUGAUGAUCCGAAUAAUGAUAAUGACCAAACUUCAACUUGUGGUGACGAUGAACGCAAAAACGCCAAUCAACAGAAUAAAUCAUUCACGAUCGCAGCCAUUUUGGGAUUGAAAGGUGACCACCAUCAUCAUCAUCAAAGCCGACAACGUCAACAGGAUGAAGAUUUAAACGUGGUGAAUCUGAGCGUGCAUCCCGGAGGCGGCGGUCCGACGGCAAGCGGAAACAGCGCAAAUGGCGUCGAUAGCCGACGGAUACAACUACCAAACGUACGAAAUUCAUUACCGUCGGUGGCCGUGACCAGUCACUUUGCUUCUGCUGGACACUCGAAUCGUCAUGCAGUAAGAGGUCUCAAACACAUGACUACUACAGUUGUUGGGAAGAAGAGCUGCAAGAGCAAGCGUGUACGUACAAUAUUCACACCUGAACAAUUAGAACGCUUGGAGGCUGAGUUCGAAAGACAACAGUAUAUGGUCGGGCCGGAAAGAUUAUACCUGGCCCACACACUGCAAUUAACCGAGGCGCAAGUAAAAGUCUGGUUCCAAAAUCGCAGGAUAAAAUGGCGUAAGCAUCACUUAGAACUUACCCAUCAGCGGCUCGCUGUGCUCAAGCAGCAGCAGAUCCUCAUGGAGGAAUCCCACCUGCCGGACGUUCAGGAUACGAAUAGUUCUAGUUCUGAAACUUAAAUGUCAAAUGCUACAAAGUUGUAAAUACCGAUAAUGUUUUAGUUACUUACCACAUGCACCAUUUUAAAAACACAAUUUUAACCUUAAAACCUAACCACAAAUUUGAAUGUUUGUGGUGGUAUGUAAUUUAAUACUUUAUUUCACUCUUAGCACACGAAUAAAGAGAUUUGUAGACAAUGUAAGGCAACUAGUGGCAAUUUUUGAUUCAAUCUACGACGAGCACUAUCUUAAUGUAUGAAACUGUAUAAAACUUUGAAAAUCAAGUGUUUAUUUAUGUUCCAUGUUAUUUUUUGUGAUAUAUAUUGUAUAAGCAUAAAUAAAGUAACAAUUUCUUAUAAAA